AGUUGUGAUAAACAUAACUGUCUUCGUCCUACGUCCGGCGACAGUUAUGAAUCCAAAAGGUCUUUUCAAUGGAGCAAGUGCCGGAGUGAAUCACACCGGCAUGAUUUUAAGACUUAUCUUACAGUGUAGAGCAUUAAACUUGAACUAUUUGAGGACAAAAAAGAAUUUCCAGUUCAUACGAGUAAAAAUUUCUAAUGAAACAUACCAAUUAAAGCGUUAUUUCCACUUUUUCCAAAACCAACAUAAGGAUCAGAGUGAUUUCGCCUAGAUCGUCCGCCAUCUUGAAACAAAACGUUGGAAUUUCCGGUUUGACCUUAUUUGCAUAAGUUUUUGGCAGCCAAUCAGAAAAUAGGUCAGAAACCCAUUUUCAUAUAUGGAAAUCGUAUCCAUAUAUGGAAAUCGUAGUAUUUUUCAAUAAAGCCAACAUGGCGGCCUACGUAAAUGCGAUCGAGAGAGUAAAAGAAAAAUACGGUUUAAAUGUUACCCUGAAGCCACAGCAGACUGAUAUCAUCUCGUACUUAUUAGAUGGAUGCGAUGUUUUUGGAUUGCUACCAACUGGAUUCGGAAAAUCAAUGACUUACAUCUUUGUACCAUUGAUUUUAGACGAGCUGAAAGGAGAAAGAGAUGUGUGGCAUACAUCUCUUGUCAUCUCUCCUUUGAAGGCAUUGAUGGCUGAUCAGGUUGAAUAUCUGAAGAGUCACAGCAUUCCUGCUGCAUCCCUCUCCGAUGAAACAGAAAUUAAAGGUAAAACUGAAACAUAA